CCGGAGUCAGGAAUCACUGAUGUGUAGACGUUUGGAAAACAGGUUAUUCAUCAUUUCUAGGGUGUCAGAAUGGCUGAGCAGAUGCCUGAUGAAUUUAUUUGGUGUGAGGAUUGCGGGCAGUACCAUGACUCUGAGUGUCCUGAGCUGGGGCCAGUUGUCACUGUGAAGGACUCAUUUGUUCUGAGUCGGGCACGGUCAUCUUUACCAGACAGCUUGGAGAUCAGGUCGGCUGGGGAGAGAAGAGAAGGUGUGUUUGUGCUUGAGCGACUGGUUAAGAGGACUCGAUUUGGCCCCUUUGAAGCCAAGAGGGUGCCUAGCCUUAAAAAUGAGGGGCUGUUUCCUUUAAAGAUAUUCCAGAAAGAUGGGUCAGUAGUGUGUUUUGACACAUCCAAUGAAGAUGACUGUAACUGGAUGAUGUUGGUUCGACCUGCCACAGACCACAAGCACCAGAAUCUGACGGCCUACCCGCAAGAUGACGAUGUGUAUUUCAACACAUCACAGGAUGUGAUGCCUGGAACAGAGUUGAGGGUCUGGUAUGGAGCUUUCUAUGCUAAAAAAAUGAAUCGGCCUGUUCUAAGACCUCCUGUACUCCUGCCUCCAUCAGAAAUGGCUUGUAGCAAACCUGGAGUCCCUUUGGCGAAGGGGGUCCCAACAGUUCCUCCAGAGACCCUUCCUGUUCCAGACCAGCUCCUCUGUCAGAUUCAGCAGGUUGAGACCACCACAGCAUCCACCACAGACCCGCCUGUCCAGCAGGGGUCAGAGGCCGCAUCCCUGGGCAAGACCUCCAACAGUGCCCCCAACCCACCAGAGUCAGUCAAAAAACAAGGCAGGCCACGGCGAACAAGAACACAUAAACCUGUUUCAAGUGGAGUAGCUGAUGUCAAUCAAGAAGCUCCAGUUGCUGUGUCCGGUGAGCAGUCUCUCAGUACUGGGGCUCCAGAUGUUCCUCUGCCUGUAAUGGAUGUCCAAGAACUCAUGAUUGGUAGAGAUGGCCCGUCAGUCAAAACGCCUCGGGUGACGCGUUCCCUUAUCUCCUCUGGGAAACCUGUUGUGAGGAAGCGAAUACUGCGGCAGGGUGGCGAUCAUAAAAGAGUUUACCAGUGUUGCCUCUGCAAUAAGGUGUUUCAGAACAGUAGCAACCUCAACCGACACGUCCGUUCCCAUGGUGACAAGUGUUUUAAGUGUGAUGAGUGUGACAAGAUGUUCAGUCGAAAAGAGAGUCUUAAACAGCAUAUUUCAUACAAACACAGCAAGAAUGAGCCUGAUAUAGAGUAUAUGUACAAAUGUUCGACCUGUGAGAAAUCCUUCCGCAUGGAAAAUGCCUUAAAAUUUCAUAACUGCAGGACAGAUGACAAGACUUUCCAGUGUGAGAUAUGCUCUAGAUUUUUCUCCACUAAUAGUAAUUUGUCAAAGCACAAGAAGAAACAUGGAGAGAAACUCUACGCCUGUGAGAUCUGCAACAAGAUGUUUUACCGCAAAGACGUCAUGCAAGACCACCAAAGACGGCAUGUUGUUGGCCCAAAAAGCAUGAAACGCGAGGAGCUUGAAGUCAACGGGGAGGAGGGAUCCAAGUACAGGAAAGAGCCGUCAGCAUGUCCUAUCUGUAGCAAGGUGUUUUCUUGUCGGAGUAACAUGAACAAACACUUACUAACCCACGGGGAUAAGAAAUACACCUGUGAGAUCUGCGGCCGCAAGUUCUUCCGCGUUGAUGUCCUGAGAGAUCAUAUCCACGUGCACUUCAAGGACAUUGCCUUAAUGAAUGAGCAGGAGAGAGAAGACUUCAUCAAGAAGAUUGGCAUCUCUAUGGAGGAGAGUGAUGACAGCUUGGAUGAGGAGGAUGAAAAGAAUGAUUCAGAACACCACAAAUACAGCUGCAAGAAGUGUCAGAUGACAUUUGUCAAGGGUCGGGACUAUCUGAAACACAUAAUGGACAUGCAUAAGGAAAAAGGUUACAACUGUACUAUGUGUAAUCGCCGUUUCGCUCUGAAGGCAACAUACAACGCUCACCUGGUCAUCCAUCGCGAUCGCUUGGUCGAUCCUGCAGUGCAGAAGUACAUCCAUCCAUGUGAAAUGUGUGGACGGAUCUUCAACAGUAUCGGGAACCUAGAAAGGCACAAAAUCAUCCACACAGGAGUGAAGAGCCAUUGCUGUGAUCAGUGUGGAAAGUCCUUCGCCAGAAAAGACAUGCUGAAAGAACAUCUGAGAGUCCAUGACAACGUCCGAGACUUUCUGUGUGCGGAGUGUGGGAAAGGUAUGAAGACAAAACAUGCCCUGCGACAUCAUAUGAAGCUGCAUAAGGGAAUUAAAGAAUAUGAAUGUAAAGAGUGUAAUCGCAAGUUUGCCCAGAAAGUCAAUAUGCUGAAACAUUUUAAAAGGCACACAGGUACAAAGGACUUCAUGUGCGAGUUGUGCGGAAAGACCUUUAGUGAGCGAAACACAAUGGAGACACACAAGCUUAUUCAUACAGUGGGAAAGACUUUUUCUUGCUCGGUCUGUGAUAAGAAGUAUGUGACACAGUAUAUGCUGCAGAAACACAUGCAAUUGACCCAUGAGAAGGUGGAAGCUCAGAGCUGCCACCUGUGUGGCACAAAAGUCUCCACCCGCGCCUCCAUGAACCGCCACAUUCGUCGUAAACACCCUGAGGUGAGGGGUGGGCAGGUCAGCCAAGCAACCACACGCACACUAAUGACUAUGACUGUAUCAUUGGACGAGCUUAAUGAUCUUCAAGAGCCUUCUACGAUUGACGCCUCCACCAUCAAUAUCGCACAGACCACUGUGACUCUGGAGAAAAACUCUCUCGCUCCAGAAAAAACCCACAGGAACUUCAGUCCUGCCAAGAAAAAGACAAAACUCCUGCUUCAAGAGCCUGAGCCAUCUGAUUCAGACGAGUAUGCUGAUUUCACCAUCAAAGCUGCUGAGUUCACAGCCACCGUGGGAGAUGAAACCAGCUCUGCUGUGCAGAGCAUUCAGCAGGUGGUGGUGUUGGCUGACCCCAACACCCCCCCAGCUCCUUCCCCCUCCAGCACGGUCAGUUUGACCAACAUCACAGUGACCCCCAUCACCACGCCCGCUCCAGCCCAGUUCACCAGCCUGCAGCCUGUUGCUGUCGGCCAUCUCGCCCCGAGCGAUCGACCCCUCACACUGGAUAGCUCCAUACUCACUGUGACCUUUGAUGCGGUCAGCGGCUCAGCCAUGCUGCACAACCGGCCGGCCGAUCUCCAGUCAGAGGCAGUGGGGCCCCCAGGGGCCACGGCUCCACAAUCAGUCGCACAUUUCAUAAACCUCACCACCUUCGUCAAUCCGCUCUCCCAUCAGCUAGAGCAGCCCGGUGUAACCUGGAGGCCAGUCGCCCCUUCUGAUGGUGCUCACACCACCACCAUGGACGAUGCUCAGCCAGGUGCACAAGCCCCCCAGGCACCCCCGGAACAGCCACAAGCAAUUCCAGAACAGAGCCAUCAGAUCCAGUCACAAGUCACUGGACCUCCCCAGCAACAGACCACUGCUGCUCCCCAAAUGUUUAGCUACUGAGUUUUGUAAGUUGAUUUAAAGGGAUAGUUUACCCAAAAAUUAUGUUAUUGUUUACUCACCCAAAUAUUGUUGCAAACCUGUAUGACUUUCCUCCUUCUGUGGAACGCAUAAGAUGUUAGGCAGAAUGUCAGCCUCGUUUACCAUUCACUUUCAUUGAAUGGAAAAAAGCUGCAAUAAAAGCAAAUGGUGACUGAGACUGACAUUUUGCCCGACAUCUCCUUUUGUGUUCCACUGAAGGAAGAAAUUCAUAUGGAUUUAGAACAACAUGAAAGUGAGUAAAUAUGUAGUAUAUAGUCUUUUGUACAUUUUAUGUAUAUAUUGUGUAUUGUUUGUGUAUACUGUAUAUUGUACAUUCUGUGUAAUAUCAUACCAAAAGUACCUGAUAUGACAUGUCUACUUGUUGGAGCAGGCCACAAAGACAAAUUCCUUAAAAGCACAAAUUACUUGACCAACAAAUAGAAUUCUGAUUCUGAAAUUUUCAUUUUUGGCUGAACUAGCCCUUUAAGUAUUUGAACCAUCAUGUUAGAAGAUGCACUUAAGUGGUUUAUUUUACUAAUAGAGGCACUUCAGUGUUGUUAAACCACUCAUUCAAAGUACAACUCUGGGUGUAAGGAGUUUUUUUUUUUUUUUUUUUUCAAUUCAGCACAAUUCUUCCCAUUAUCAUGUGUUUUGUUUGAAAAACCAGUGGACAGUUUCUGACAAGAAAUUGGGAUUGUUACAAACCUAGAGAUUAUAAGUAAUAAAUUCUGGAGGAAAAUUUAUAUUUUUUUACAUAGUUAUUGAAUGUUUGACAUGUCUAAUUAUGGUGAAAUUUAAAGGAAUAGUUCACAAAAAUGUAAAUUAUUAUAUAAUUUACUCACUCAUGCCGUCCUGAAUGUGUAUGACUUUCUUCUGUUGAACACAAACAAAGAUUUUUAGAAAAUAUCUCAGCUCUGUAGGUCCACA